UAUAUUUAGCGAUCCCGACUCGAUCCGCAGGCGCUCGUUUCUAGGGUUUGAGUUUGCUUCUUCUCGUUUCGUCUCCAGUUCGUAGCCGCGAUGGAUUUCGACCUCAAUGCUCCCCAUUCAAUGGGAACGACGAUCAUCGGGGUAACCUACGACGGCGGCGUCGUCCUCGGCGCCGAUUCCAGGACGAGCACAGGGAUGUAUGUCGCAAAUCGGGCGUCGGACAAGAUCACCCAGCUGACAGACAACGUAUACAUUUGCCGUUCUGGAUCGGCUGCUGAUUCCCAGGUUAUCUCUGAUUAUGUCAGAUACUUCCUUCAUCAACACACAAUUCAACUUGGGCAACCUGCAACUGUCAAGGUGGCAGCUAAUUUAGUUAGAUUAUUGUCUUAUCAAAACAAGAAUAUGUUGCAAAUGGGUGUCAUUAUUGGUGGAUGGGACAAAUAUGAAGGAGGCCAAAUAUAUUCAGUGCCCCUUGGAGGGACUAUUUUGAAGCAGCCUUUUGCAAUUGGAGGAUCUGGCUCAAGUUACCUUUAUGGGUUUUUUGACCAAGCAUGGAAAGAGGGGAUGAGCAAAGAUGAAGCUGAGAAAUUAGUUGUGAAGGCUGUCUCUCUCGCUAUUGCACGGGACGGAGCAAGUGGAGGUGUUGUUCGGACAGUUAUAAUAAAUGCAGAUGGUGUCACAAAGAAUUUCUACUCCGGUGACUCACUUCCUCUCUGGCAUGAAGAGCUGGAGCCACAAAACUCCCUUCUCGACAUCCUCUCAUCCAGCAGCCCGGAGCCGAUGAACACUUGAUCACAUGAACGACUGAACUCCUUUCAUCUUUGAAUUCGUGUUUUAAACUGCAUGAAGUUUGUCCAGCUUUAUCGAAAACUUUAGUUUAAAAAUGUGUUUUUUGGGGGCUGGAUUUACAUUCGCCAUAGAACUUUUAUAAGAUAUAUUGUGUUUGCAUAUUAAAAUCCAGAAAUUAAUACUUGCAUUUUAUGUCAUUCUCUAUGAAAAUUAUUCCAAUUUGUUCUUAA